AUGAAGGCAUACUGGUACGACAAUCUUCCGGGCGACCAGCGCGAGCCACACGACUCCGGCCGCGAGGUACCCUCCUCCUACCUCGAGAAGCUCGGCGUCCUCUACUACAGCUUCCCCGACAUCGCCGACGUGGACGCGCUCGCCUCGUCCCGCUCCUACAAGAACCGCGACGAGAUCACGAUAUCACCCUCGACGCUCCCGGGCUACGAGGAGAAGGUCAAGAACUUUUUCCACGAGCACAUCCACGAGGACGAGGAGAUCAGGUACAUCACUGAUGGCGUUGGAUAUUUUGAUGUCAGGAGUGAGAGCGACGAUUGGGUGAGGAUCGAGUUGGCGAAGAAUGAUUUGAUUAUCUUGCCUGCUGGGAUCUAUCAUCGAUUCACCACUAAUGCAGACAACUACACCAAGGCCAUGCGAUUGUUCAAGGAGGACCCCAAAUGGACCCCUCUUAACAGGAGCGAAGAGACAGACAAGAACGACUUCCGCCAGGGCUAUCUCAAGACGCGGGUUUCCGCCGCCCACUAGGCUUCUAGUCGAAGGCUAUCUCUCUCUUCAUCAAACGAAUUUCUGAUACUAAAUAUUUUACGGCGACAAUCAGGGCACAUAAAAAGCACGGAAACUGCGCCGGCCUCUGCCUUUAGGGCUGAGUUAACAUAUUCAUGGAUAUAAUAUAAACUUUCUCAUCUUCAUCUUCAAAAUCUCUUCAAAACUCGUUCGAAUCUUUAUUCCCAUUGGGCUUCAUCACAAGACCUCAAACCGUCACCAUAGACCCACGAU